AUGGCUCGCCAUGAUGAUGUUGAUGCGAAGGCAGAAUCUGUAGCAGAUGCGGUAACAGAGAUGAAGCUGGAGCUAGACAACUCGACAGAGGAUGUAUCCCUCAAUGGCAGGCCUUCUAAGAAUGGCGAGGCCAAUGGCACUCCCGCCACGCCAGCCAAAUCAUCAGCAGUCUCAUCGCCCGAGAGGUCCUCUUCAACCCUAAAAGAUGAUGAACCUGAAGAAAAAGUUGGAGGCGACAUCACCGUCAAACAAGAGCCGGGUCAGCCUCCGAAGCUGGCUCGCUCUGCCUCUAAGAAGGUUGUUCCAAGGCAGCCGCAGAUGUUCGACCAUCUCCCAGACAGCACUGAAGAGGCUACCUCCCUUUUUCAAGUAAUGGAUGCCUGCACGUAUUCAAAUAAGAAUAUGGGUUACACUGAUCAUGCCAUGGAGUGUGACUGCGCAGAAGAGUGGAACCCCAAGACAGGAAUAAAUGAAGCAUGCGGAGAAGACACCGAUUGCAUCAAUAGGGCGACAAAGAUGGAAUGUGUUCAGAACUGUGGAUGCGGCGACAAUUGCCAGAAUCAACGGUUCCAGCAACGACAAUAUGCUGAUGUUACUGUUAUCAAGACAGAGAAGAAAGGAUUCGGACUUCGUGCUAAUACCGAUCUUCGACCCAAUGACUUCAUCUACGAGUAUAUUGGUGAAGUUAUCAACGAACCACAGUUUAGACGGCGUAUGAUUCAGUAUGACGAGGAAGGAAUCAAACAUUUCUACUUCAUGUCAUUGAACAAGGGCGAAUUUGUUGACGCAACAAGAAAAGGCAACCUGGGGAGAUUCUGCAAUCAUUCCUGCAACCCCAAUUGCUAUAUCGAUAAAUGGGUCGUUGGGGAAAAACUCCGCAUGGGCAUAUUCGCUGAACGGUAUGUCAAGGCGGGUGAAGAGUUGGUCUUUAACUACAACGUGGACCGGUAUGGCGCCGAUCCCCAGCCAUGCUACUGUGGAGAGGCAAACUGUCUCGGCUACAUCGGUGGGAAGACACAGACAGAACGAGCAACGAAGCUAUCUAAUGCCACAAUUGAAGCUUUGGGAAUUGACGAUCUGGAUAGCUGGGACACUGCUCUUCCAAAACGCCCAAAGAAGAAGAAGACUUCCGAGGAUGACGAGGAAUAUGUCGAUAGAUUCCAGCCCAAAUCACUGGACGAAGAGGGCGUCACAAAGGUCAUGGCAACUCUCAUGCAAUGCAAAGAGAAGUGGAUUGCUGUUAAGCUGCUAGGCCGUAUUCAGCGCUGUGAGGAUGAACGGGUCACCAACAGGAUUGUUAAAAUGCACGGUUAUCAGAUUCUCAACUCGCAGCUUGCUACUUGGAAAGAAGACUUCAACGUUGUCUUGCAGAUUCUCCAGAUCUUGGAUAGAUUCCCACGACUUACUCGCAACAAAAUCAUCGAUUCCAAGAUUGAAACUACUGUCAAGCCACUGACGGAGUGUGGCGAUGAGCGAGUCGAGAAACAAGCUGCUUCACUACUCGAGAUUUGGUCUGCCCUCGAAGUUGGUUAUCGAAUUCCUCGUAUGAAGAGAGACCCCGCUACGAUAGUUAAUGUACCUUCCGCAAAACAAUUUGAGCGCAGAGAAAUGCGCGAGGAUCGCCCACGGAAGUCGAGAUCAAAAUCACGCUCUAGGUCUCCCCGAUCUCCUUCAGUUGACCCUACCAGGGUUGCCCCGCGUGGUCCGGCAGCUCUUAAUAGAGGUGGAAAGUCCCACAGAAACACAUACCAUCAAGGGCCACGGCAAUUCCGUCGCCCAUUCAACCCAUUACCUUCUGGAUGGUUUGCGGCAGAGGCUAAUGGGAAAACAUACUACUACUCUGCUCGAGGCGAUACUACAUGGGCCCGGCCAACAGCGCCUGCACCACAGCCACCUCCUCCACCAAAGCCUGAAUCAAAGGAUAAAACACUACAGGAUAUCAUCGACGGAAUCAUGAAUACAAAAGAGGACACCCCUAAAUCUAAGGAUAAGUCUGCCACUCCUGCAACUCCCGCCGAUGUCCCGGAAAAGAAGGCACACAAGCAAAAAUGGAAAUCAUAUAGUGAGGAGAAACAGAAAAGGCUUUACGAAAAUACUCUGUUCCCACACGUCAAGUAUGUGAUGGAUAAAUUCAAACACAAGCUGCCCAAGGAAGACCUAAAGCGAUAUGCAAAGGAGGUUGGCAAAAAGCUUGUGAAUUCUGAUUUUAAGAAUAACCGUGUUAGUGAUCCAACAAAGAUUAAUGAAAAGCAAAUAAAGCAAGUGAAAAAGUAUUGUAAAGAAUACUUUGACAAGGCUGUUGCAAAACACCGAGCGCAUGAGAAAAAGAAAGCCGAGUAUAGAAGCAAGCACAACAAGUCGACAAACAAUGGCUCGCAGGAACAAGUUGAUGCUGGUGUGGAUAAACAAGAUGAAAGCGAUGCUGAAGGUGAUGUUAAUCUAUCCGACAAUGAUGACCUCAAUCAAGAGGGAAUCCAAGGUUCAUCACCGCAGGAAGAUGAAGGUGUGACACUAGGAGGCAGCCUAAAGAGGAAGCGCGAUGUUGAGAAUGCAAUAGGGGAGGCCAUUAAUGAAACAUUUGAAGGAUCGUCCCCUUCCAAACGGCAACGAUCUGAAUCUCCUCCAGUACCUCCGCCACCGCCACCACCGAUGAGCCCUGGUAAUUCUAUGGCGGUUGACGAUUUUGACGGGGGGUUAAAGAGAAAAAGGGAUGACGAAGUCUACCUAGAUGAUGAUAACACACCUAGCUCGAGAUCGCCAGGGAAGGAAAAUUCAUAUGGAACUCCCCCCCCUCCUCCACCUCCUCCACUCCCAGCAGAUAUGCCAGAUAGAAGCCUUGACCGGAGUGGCUACCAGCAAGACGAUGCAGGCGAAGAGAGCAUCUGA